AUGACCGUCCACCCGGCCCCUAUCAACGUCUCUCCCUCCCCCUUCCCCGCCCUCUCCACCUUCUCUUCCAAGCCCUCCUCUAGCUCCCGCCUGGCGCUUCCAUCCCCGCGGGCCUUCGUCCACAAGCUCUCGACCCUCAAACUAACCACCCUCACCAGCCGCCUCCUCAAGCAUUUCACCCGCCUCAAGGACGAAGAAGAAGCCGCGCGAGCGACUGCGCUGGCCGCCGAACGCAAUGCUCGCCCCCGGCCCCCGAGGCAGCCGUACAUCUCGUACCUCUGUUUUGACGUCGAGGGUUCUUGCGAGGCGGCGACCAACUUUGAUUAUCCCAACGAGAUCAUUGAAUUCCCGGUCGUCCUCCUUCAAUGGGUUGAGGAUGACGAGGAAGAUGAGCAACCGGCCAUCCCGGACUCGCCCACGACCUCGUCUGCCAUGACAGCUUCCUCGCCUUCCACCUUGGGCUCGUAUUACCCCCGCCGUACCCGUCGUCUCACCAUCAUUGACACAUUUCACUCUUACGUCAAGCCCACUUGGCGUCCAAGGUUGAGCGAGUUUUGCGUCGGGUUGACGGGUAUUCAGCAGAGCACUGUUGAUGCCGCGCCGACCUUCCCGGAGGUCAUUGACGAGCUCGAAGAAUGGCUGGACUCUUGGGGUUUGCGUGAUGGCGACAGGCUAAAGGACGCGAUUUGGGUCACUGAUGGCCCCUGGGACUUGAGAGACUUUCAACUUCACAUCACCCCUCUCUCGCCUCCGCGUUACCCAACCUACCUCCUCGGACCCUACCUCAACCUCAAGCGUGCCGUCAGCACAGUCCUCAGCGAUAGCGACUCUGGCAGCCUCCGCAUCACGACAGGCAAGAAGAGGCAAUAUGUCAAGGAGGUGGCGGGGCAGAGUGUCUACCUCAACAUUACCGGCCAGUUGCAAGCACUGGGCCUGGGUACCUUCUCUGGAAGGCAGCACUCUGGAAUCGACGACGCGACAAACAUGGCGCGUAUCCUUAUCGAGGUUGCCAACCGCAACGUCUUGAUCGAGCCCAACGCACACCUCCCUCACCGCAACAAUGCCAAGGUGUGGGCAUGGAUGGGCAAGCCAGGCGAGGUUCUGUGGGACGCGCCAAUGGUGGAGCGCGAGGAGGAUAUACCCAAGAUGAGCCCGGCCGCGGGUCAGCCGGCAGGAACCCAGAACCCCGCUUCGUCGGACCCCACGAGCGAGCCAGCAUCCACGCCAUCACCCAUGCCGGCCUCACCGCCAAAGGUCGUCCCUACUGGCUUCCCGGCCCAGAUGCUUCCCAAGUACCCCACAACCUCCGCUAAGCGGGCCGCGGCGCGGCGUAGGCGCAAGGAGAGGGAGAACGCCGCUAGCGCCAACGCUUCUGCGCCGACGACGCCGGAGGAUCCCCACGACGAUGACCUCACUGCCGCGAUCCAGACUCUAUCUUUCCACGACGACGCGGUGGCGCCCGAGCUGGCCGCCACCACCUCGCCGCCCACGCCAACUGCGUCCAGCAUGAAGCCGACACCCACCGUCGUGUCGAUUCCAUUCGACAUUCUCGUGUCCGAGGCGGCUAUCAAGCACCCUUCCAUCCUGACCGUUCACGCAGCUCACGGCGGCAUCCCCCUGCCUGUGGACCCGGAGCACUUUGCUCUCUGUGUCAAGUUUGCCAGGGAGAUUUGGGCGGACACUUCCGCGCCGCAGAACCACCAACUGGCGACGGAUUUGGUGAGCAGGUUGUACAAUGAGACGAAGAUUCAACCAAAGGGCAUCGUCCCGCCAAGCGACCUCGCAGCGCAAGUAGACCGCCUCAGCGGCGACGUGUACGGCCUCCAGCGCAACGUCCACAAGAUCGAACGCAAGGCGGGCCCAAGUUCCCUCGAGGGCCAGGUCGAGGCUCUCUCGGCGCGCCUCGCUGUUCUCGAGGCCGCGUUCGCUGCUGGCGUAGGGCUUGGGGUUGGACGUAGGCCGCCCCCGAGGGUGGACAGCGAUGCCGAGAGUUGGGUGGCUACCGAGUCGGACACGGAGUGA